AUGCCUGAGGGGCUGUCAGCGCGGGUAACAGCGGAGGUGGGGAGACACUGCACUGCUGUCUUGCGGCUGUUGCUGCAGCAGCAGAAAUCAUGCCCUGUUCAUACUGCAAGUGCCGCUGCUGCUGCUGCUGCUGCUGCUGCUCUCGAGGCCCCUCGGUUCCCGCUGCUGGGGGCCUUCCUGCGGAACUUGGGUGCAGCAGAGCAGCAGCAGCAGCAGCAGCAGCAGCGCAGCAGGGCGGCAACGCGGCGACAAGAGCGGCUGCUGCAGCUGCAGCAGGAGCUCGAGAUACACCGCAGCAGGUUCUUUGGGCAGCAGCACAGGCACAACAGCGAAGGGCUUCAAGCAGCAGCAGCAACAACAACAACAGCAACAGCAACCGGCAACAGCGGCAGCAUCCAGUUGCUGCCGAGGCCUAUCUGCUUGCUGCUGCAGCAGCUGCUGCGACGAGCAGCACCGCGAGCUUCACUGGGAGACAUCGAGUUGCUGCUGCAGCUGUACGUGACCAGUGGUCACCUCCACUUGCUGCAUGCAACACAGAGCAGCAGCAGCAGCAGCAGCAGCAGCAGCAGCAAAUCGCUACAAGCAGCAGCGGGAGACGCCUCUUGGCUGCACGAAGCAUUCCCAACGGAUGUGCUGCUGCUGCUGCUGCAAACAGCGCGGCGCCGCCUGCAGCAGCAGCAACGGCAGCAGCGGCGGCAAGUCCACCAGACCCAGCAGCAGCAGCAGCAGCAGCAGCAGCAGGAGUUACCGGAAGAUCUGCCUCUGACUGUGCCCAUCGCAGUGCGGGUUGCGAUUCUGUCUGCUGCAGCAGCACGUGCAUGCAGCGGGCUGGCAGCAGCAACAGCAGCAGCACGAGCACCAGCAGCAGCAGGAGCUGCAGCGGAGGUGCCUUCAGCUCUGAAAGUAGCAGCAGCAGCAGCAGCUGUUGCAGCAGAGCAGCAAGGGCUGACGCCGGCCACUAGAGAAGCCCCCACAGGAGCCCCCUUUCUUGCUGCUGCAGCAGCAACAACAACACCAGCAGCAAUAGCAACAGCGGCUACACCAGUAGCAGCAACAGAAGCAGCAGCAGCAGCAGCAGUAUCACUGCCACUAAAUAGUGCAACUGCAAGAGUACUAGAAGCUACAGCACCAGCAGCAGAUUCAGCUACUGCUUCUGCUGCUGCUGCUGCUUCUGCUGCUGCUGUUGCUGCUGCAGGUGGCCGCACUAGCAGCACUCGGCAGGGGCGCCGGGUGCUGCGGCGCUGCUGGAGUCUUGUGCUGCUGAUGCAGCAGCUGCAACGAGAGCAGCAGCAGCAGCAACAGCAGAAGCAGCCGUUUCUUCGUCUAGUGUCGGCACUGCAGCAGCAGCUGCUGCUGCUGCAGCAAACAGGAGACACCCGCAAGGUAAAGGCUAAUCUCCUAGCGCUGCCUCUGCCGCAGCUGCUGAAGCUGACGUCAAGUCUUAUUAGCAAUUUGGUGCUGCAGCAGCAGCAGCAGCAGCAGGAACAGGCGCAGCAGCAGCAACAGCACCUACCGCUGCAGCAACAGCACCAGCAGCAACAACAGCAGCAGGAGUUGGGGCUACCGCACCGCCACCAGCAGGAGCAGCAAGAGGAGCAGCAGCAGCAGCAGCAUGAAGAACAGCAGCAGCAGGAAAUACAGCUGGAGAUGCAGCAGCAGCUGCAGACAGAGCAGAAGCAGCAACUGCAGCCACAGCAGGUACUGGAGGAACAGCAACAACGGCAGCAGCAGGAGCUGCUGCAGCAGCUGCAGCAGCAGAAAGAGCAUGUAUCGGCGGGGUCCGGGCAGCUGCUGCUGCAGCAGCCGCUGCUUGUGCAGCAGCAAGACUCACACAAUGAGAGAAAGACUUCACUGCAGCAGCAGCAACAGCAGCAGCUGCUGCCGCUACAACGGCAAAAGCAAACAGAAGUGCAGCUGCUGCUGCUUGCGGCUCAGGUGCUGCUGCUUAAACUGCGGAGCAGCAGCAGCAGCAGCAGCAGGGCCAGCAGCAGCACUGCACCGCGACGUCACCUUGCGUGCUGCAUCUAUGCCCUUGCCCGUCUACAACGCGCUACACUGCAGCAGCAGCAGAAGCAGCAGCAGCAGCAGCAGCAGGUUGGUGCAGCAGCCGCAGCAGCAACUGUUGGCCCUCUUGCCCUGCUGCUGCUGCUGCAGCUGCCGCCGCAGCAAAUACGGCGGCUGUCUCUGCAGGAUUUCAUGCGUCUCUUUGCUGCUGUCUCCGAGCUGCUACCGCUGCUGCUGCACUUGUUACAAGAUGCACAUAUACACCCAAAGGGUGCAGCAGCAGCAGCAGCAGCACACACCGAGCUGGCUCCGUUUGUGCUGCACAGACACCUGAAGGAGCUGCAGCAAACUGCUGCUAACCUUAUUCAGGUGUCUGUCUCCUUUCACUCUCUUAUUCCCUCUGCUGCAGCGCCAGCGCUAGCCAGAGGAGCUCGCAGUGUCAUGCAGCAGCUGCAGCACCAAGCGGUGCUGCAGCAGCAGCAGCAGCAGCAGCAGCAUCCAGGUGUGCAUGCAGCUUUGUCCCGUGCUGCGCGAAGGCUCCUAUCGGGCUCUUCUGCAUGCGCCCCACCAAGUCUGUUGUGUGCAGCUGACGUUGCUGCACUUGCUGCAUCUUACGAAGAGCUCGCUGCUGCUGCUGCUGCUGCUGCAACAGCAGCAGCAGCAGCAGCAUGCCAGAGCCUUCCUGCUUAG